AUGGUCCGCCUUCGCGAUGGAAUGUGGCUGCCCGCCGAGGGCACGGCGACGGAAUACGCAGAGGAAGUCUACUAUACAACCGAGAUCGAGGGCGGAAAGGGCCUCAGUUUAUUGUGCCCGACGAGGAAAAUCAAGUCUCGGGGCCACACGCUGAAUGCGAGCACCGUAACCAUUGAUGUCAAGGCCGAGUUUGACGGCGUCAUCUCAGUCGAGGCGACUCACUGGGCCGGCGCGCUCAACAAGGGUCCUCAUUUCGAGCUUUUCCCAGAUGGCAGGCCCGAGGUUGAGGCACAGAUCAAAAAGGGUGACAAGGGCACGACGACUUUAUCCUCGGGCUCGCUGUCCGCGACCGUCCACCCGGAUUUCGACAUACAGUUCCACAGUACCGACGGCUCCAAGCGGCUGACGUCCCUUGGGAGCCGAAGCGUCGGCCUGGCGUACAACCCCCCGCCAAGCACGCCAAUGCAGACCGGGGACAUGCGCAACUUCAAGCACUACAUGUUCACCCAGACCACGCUCGGCGUCGGUGAGACCAUCCACGGCCUCGGUGAGAGGUUCGGCGCCUACAACAAGGUCGGCCAGUCCAUCUCGCUCUGGAACGCCGACGGCGGCACCUCCAGCGAGCAGGCCUACAAGAACGUCUCUUUCUGGCUUAGCUCCAAGGGCUACGGCGUCUUCAUCGACACGCCCGGCAAGGUCGACCUGGAGAUCGGGAGCGAGCGCUGCAACCGCCUGCAGACCGUCGUCGAGGGCCAGAGGCUCAAGUGGUACAUCAUCUACGGGCCCACGCCCAAGGACAUCCUGAAGCGCUACACGACUCUCACGGGCCGCGCCGGCAAGGUGCCCAGCUGGAGUUUCGGUCUCUGGCUGACGACGAGCUUCACAACAAACUACGAUGAGGAGACCGUCAACACUUUCCUCGAGGGCAUGAAGGCCCGCGGCUCCCCCGUCGACGUCUUCCACUACGACUGCUUCUGGAUGAAGGCCUUCACCUGGACCGACUUCGUCUUCGAUUCGGAGCGCUUCCCCGACCCCAAGAAACAGAUCGCCCGCCUCAAGGAGUCCGGCCUCUGCAAGAAGGUCUGCGUGUGGAUCAACCCCUACAUCGCCCAGCACGGCGAGGCCUUCAAGGAGGCCGCGGACAAGGGCUACCUCGUGAAGCGCAGGAACGGCGACGUCUGGCAGUGGGACCUGUGGCAGGCCGGCAUGGGCCUCGUGGACUUCACCAACCCCGAGGCCUGCGCGUGGUACGUGGGGAAGCUCAACACCCUCUUCGACCAGGGCGUCGACGCCAUCAAGACGGACUUUGGCGAGCGCGUGCCGACCCUCGACGUCGAAUGGCACGACAAGACCGUCGACCCCGUCAAGAUGCACAACUACUACGCCUUCAUCUACAACAAGGUCGUCUACGAGGCCCUCCAGAAGCGCUACGGCGACGACGAGGCCGUCCUCUUCGCCAGGGCCGCCUGCGCCGGCACCCAGCGCUUCCCGCUGCAGUGGGGCGGCGACUGCGAGUCCACCCCGGAGGCCAUGGCCGAGUCCGUCCGCGGCGGCCUCGGCCUCGGCCUCAGCGGCUUCUCCUUCUGGAGCUGCGACAUCGGCGGCUUCGAGGGCUACCCGCCCCCCUGGAUCUACAAGCGCUGGGUCGCCAUGGGCCUCCUGUGCAGCCACAGCCGCCUGCACGGCAGCAGCUCGUACCGCGUCCCCUGGGUCAUCGACGACGACGACCAGUCCGACGAGGGCUGCUCCAGGACGCUGGCCAAGUGGACCGCCCUCAAGUCCCGCCUCAUGCCCUACAUCUUCGCCCAGGCCCAGGCCGCCGUCGACCAGGGCAUCCCGCUCUCGCUGCGCGCCAUGUGCAUCGAGUUCCCCGACGACCCGACCGCCUGGUACCUCGACAGGCAGUUCAUGCUCGGGCCCGGCGUCCUGGCGGCGCCCAUCUUCGAGGAGUCGGGCGAGGUCGAGUUCUACCUGCCCCGGGGCCGGUGGACGUCCUUCUUCACGGGGGAGCACCGCGAGGGUCCGGGCUGGUUCAAGGAGACGCACGGCUUCGGCACGCUCCCGCUCUACGUGCGGGAGAACACCGUCCUGGUGCUGGGGAGCACCAAGGCCGUCGGUGCCGUGUACGACUACGCGGCCGACGUCGAGGUGAGGCUGUACCAGGUCAAGGAGGGCGCCAAGGCCGUCAUCGUCGACAGCGAGGGUAAAGAGGUUGGCGUGCUGGAGGUCGGCGCGGACGGGAAGCUCAAGGAUACGUCGGUUCUCAAGGGCGACUUCAGCGUCACGGAGCUAUGA